AUGUUCUUAUCCUGUGAGCCAUGUGGACACACAAGCCACAUGGCCUACUAUAAGGAUAUAGAGGUAUAAGUUUGUCCACAAGGGAGUGCCAAACUCCAGACAGAGGCUUUAAAUAAAUUAUUGCUAACUCAAUUCUGGAGUAAAAUCACUUUAUCCCUUUAGUACAUUCAUAGUACUUCUCAGUUAAUAAUAAUAAUAAUAAUGAAGAAACCAAAAGCACAAAUAAUCAAAAAGAUUAGGGAGUUAACAUCAGCAGCUUUUUUCUUAAGAUAAAAACAAACACAAGCUCCAACUUUCAAUUGCAAUUUAUUUCAAGUGACGCUAAAAUGAAAAUCUGUUUAAAAAACUUAUAAACACUUCAUUUAUAUCCCAAACACACACAAUACCUAUAGCCACCCAAACUCUGCAGAUACAGUUAAUCCUUCUUCAGUAGCCGCUUAGUUAACACUUGAUCAAACAGUACGAGGACCUGUUAGAGUAUAACCCAGCUGCAGGUUGUCUGAAGGCCUGUGCCAAGCCUUGAUGUGCAUAAUAUUCAGGCCUGUGGUAUUAAUAACAACUAUGAUGGGUUUUUUAAUGUGCAGCUUAACAGUCGAGUAACAUCUGGUCCUUUGCAUGUUAAUAAAAUACACUCAAUGAAUGGAACGAAAGCACUUUUCAAUGUGAUUCUGUGUUACAAGAAAGAAUGACAAGGUGUGAAAGCAUCAUAUAAAUGUGCCCAAUGUAAUUGCAUACUUCUUAAAAUUGUUCCACAUGUAAGGAAGGCUAUAUAUAGACCCUACAAAAUAAAAGUCAAGGAAUGCACAGUGAGAUGUGAGCUCGUGAAACGAUGAAGGCGUCUCAGAAUAUCAGCCAUUAUCAGCCUGACUGAUGUGGACACACGAGACAAUCAUAUUUUUUUUCAUAUAUCACUGUACUUUGUAGACUCUAGACUUUAAAAAUUCACCAAGAAGUGGGCAAGGUAGGACUCGAACCUAUGACCUCAGGAGUUCCAGUCAGUGUUCUUAUCCUCUGAGCCACUUGGACACUCAGGAUUAUACCACUUGUUUCCUCUUUCACUAUCCUGUCUAGACACUAGACUUCAAAAUUCACCUUGUCCCAAAAAAGGCUCGAACACACCACCUCAGGAGUCCCAGUCAGUCUCCUUAUCCCGUGAGCAAUGUGGACACAGAAGACCAUCGUGUUUUUUUUCCCAUAUAUCACUGUCCUUUGUGGACUCAAGACUUUAAAAUUCACCUAAAACUAGGUAAGGUAGGACUCGAACCUAUGACCUCAGGAGUUUCAGUUAGUGUUCUUAUCCUCUGAGCCACUUGGACAUACAGGAUUAUACCAUUUGUUUCCUCUUUCACUUUCCUGUCUAGACACUAGACUUCAACAUUCACCUUGUCCUGAAAAAGGGUCGAACACACCACCUCAGGAGUCCCAGUCAGUCUCCUUAUCCUGUGAGCCAUGUGGACACACAAGAGAAAAGUGUUUUUUUUUUCACAUAUCGCUGUCCUUUGUGGACUCACGACUUUAAAAUUCACCUAAAACUAGGUAUGGUAGGACUCGAACCUAUGACCUCAGGAGUACCAGUCAGUGUUCUUAUCCUCUGAGCCACUCGGACAUACAGGAUUAUACCAUUUGUUUCCUCUUUCACUUUCCUGUCUAGACACUAGACUUCAACAUUCACCUUGUCCCGAAAAAGGCUCGAACACACCACCUCAGGAGUCCCAGUCAGUCUCCUUAUCCUGUGAGCCAUGUGGACACACAAGAGAAAAGUGUUUUUUUUUUCACAUAUCGCUGUCCUUUGUGGACUCACGAGUUUAAAAUUCACCUAAAACUAGGUAUGGUAGGACUCGAACCUAUGACCUCAGGAGUUCCAGUCAGUGUCCUUAUCCUCUGAGCCACUUGGACAUACAGGAUUAUACCAUUUGUUUCCUCUUUCACUUUCCUGUCUAGACACUAGACUUCAACAUUCACCUUGUCCCGAAAAAGGCUCGAACACUCCACCUCAGGAGUCCCAGUCAGUCUCCUUAUCCUGUGAGCCAUGUGGACACACAAGAGAAAAGUGUUUUUUUUUUCACAUAUCGCUGUCCUUUGUGGACUCAAGACUUUAAAAUUCACCUAAAACUAGGUAUGGUAGGACUCAAACCUAUGACCUCAGGAGUUCCAGUCAGUGUUCUUAUCCUCUGAGCCACUUGGACAUAAAAGAUUAUACCAUUUGUUUCCUCUUUCACUUUCCUGUCUAGACACUAGACUUCAACAUUCACCUUGUCCUAAAAAAGGCUCGAACACACCACCUCAGGAGUCCCAGUCAGUCUCCUUAUCCUGUGAGCCAUGUGGACACACAAGAGAAAAGUGUUUUUUUUUCACAUAUCGCUGUCCUUUGUGGACUCAAGACUUUAAAAUUCACCUAAAAGUAGGUAUCGUAGGACUCAAACCUAUGGGCUCAGGAGUUCCAGUCAGUGUUCUUAUCCUCUGAGCCACUUGGACAUACAGGAUUAUACCAUUUGUUUCCUCUUUCACUUUCCUGUCUAGACACUAGACUUCAACAUUCACCUUGUCCCGAAAAAGGCUCGAACACUCCACCUCAGGAGUCCCAGUCAGUCUCCUUAUACUGUGAGCCAUGUGGACACACAAGAGAAAAGUGUUUUUUUUUUCACAUAUCGCUGUCCUUUGUGGACUCACGAGUUUAAAAUUCACCUAAAACUAGGUAUGGUAGGACUCGAACCUAUGACCUCAGGAGUUCCAGUCAGUGUCCUUAUCCUCUGAGCCACUUGGACAUACAGGAUUAUACCAUUUGUUUCCUCUUUCACUUUCCUGUCUAGACACAAGACUUCAUUAUUCACCUUGUCCCGAAAAAGGCUCGAACACUGCACCUCAGGAGUCCCAGUCAGUCUCCUUAUCCCGUGAGCCAUGUGGACACACAAGAGAAAAGUGUUUUUUUUUCACAUAUCGCUGUCCUUUGUGGACUCAAGACUUUAAAAUUCACCUAAAACUAGGUAUGGUAGGACUCAAACCUAUGACCUCAGGAGUUCCAGUCAGUGUUCUUAUCCUCUGAGCCACUUGGACAUAAAAGAUUAUACCAUUUGUUUCCUCUUUCACUUUCAUGUCUAGACACUAGACUUCAACAUUCACCUUGUCCUAAAAAAGGCUCGAACACUCCACCUCGGGAGUCCCAGUCAGUCUCCUUAUCCUGUGAGCCAUGUGGACACACAAGAGAAAAGUGUUUUUUUUUUCACAUAUCGCUGUCCUUUGUGGACCCAAGACUUUAAAAUUCACCUAAAAGUAGGUAUGGUAGGACUCAAACCUAUGGCCUCAGGAGUUCCAGUCAGUGUUCUUAUCCUCUGAGCCACUUGGACAUACAGGAUUAUACCAUUUGUUUCCUCUUUCACUUUCCUGUCUAGACACUAGACUUCAACAUUCACCUUGUCCCGAAAAAGGCUCGACCACUCCACCUCAGGAGUCCCAGUCAGUCUCCUUAUACUGUGAGUCAUGUGGACACAAAAGAGAAAAGUGUUUUUUUUUUUUCACAUAUCGCUGUCCUUUGUGGAUUCGAGACUUUAAAAUUGACCUAAAAUUAGGUAUGGUAGGACUCGAACCUAUGACCUCAGGAGUUCCAGUCAGUGUUCUUAUCCUCUGAGCCACUUGGACAUACAGGAUUAUACCAUUUGUUUCCUCUUUCACUUUCCUGUCUAGACACUAGACUUCAACAUUCACCUUGUCCCGAAAAAGGCUCGAACACACCACAUCAGGAGUCCCAGUCAGUCUCCUUAUCCUGUGAGCCAUGUGGACACACAAGAGAAAAGUUUUUUUUUUUUUUCACAUAUCGCUGUCCUUUGUGGACUCAAGACUUUAAAAUUCACCUAAAACUAGGUAUGGUAGGACUCGAACCUAUGACCUCAGGAGUUCCAGUCAGUGUUGUUAUCCUCUGAGCCACUUGGACAUACAAGAUUAUACCAUUUGUUUCCUCUUUCACUUUCCUGUCUAGACACUAGACUUCAACAUUCACCUUGUCCUAAAAAAGGCUCGAACACUCCACCUCAGGAGUCCCAGUCAGUCUCCUUAUCCUGUGAGCCAUGUGGACACACAAGAGAAAAGUGUUUUUUUUUUCACAUAUCGCUGUCCUUUGUGGACCCAAGACUUUAAAAUUCACCUAAAACUAGGUAUGGUAGGACUCGAACCUAUGGCCUCAGGAGUUCCAGUCAGUGUUCUUAUCCUCUGAGCCACUUGGACAUACAGGAUUAUACCAUUUGUUUCCUCUUUCACUUUCCUGUCUAGACACUAGACUUCAACAUUCACCUUGUCCCGAAAAAGGCUCGAACACUCCACCUCAGGAGUCCCAGUCAGUCUCCUUAUACUGUGAGUCAUGUGGACACAAAAGAGAAAAGUGUUUUUUUUUUUUCACAUAUCGCUGUCCUUUGUGGAUUCGAGACUUUAAAAUUGACCUAAAAUUAGGUAUGGUAGGACUCGAACCUAUGACCUCAGGAGUUCCAGUCAGUGUUCUUAUCCUCUGAGCCACUUGGACAUAAAAGAUUAUACCAUUUGUUUCCUCUUUCACUUUCCUGUCUAGACACUAGACUUCAACAUUCACCUUGUCCUAAAAAAGGCUCGAACACUCCACCUCGGGAGUCCCAGUCAGUCUCCUUAUCCUGUGAGCCAUGUGGACACACAAGAGAAAAGUGUUUUUUUUUUCACAUAUCGCUGUCCUUUGUGGACCCAAGACUUUAAAAUUCACCUAAAAGUAGGUAUGGUAGGACUCAAACCUAUGGCCUCAGGAGUUCCAGUCAGUGUUCUUAUCCUCUGAGCCACUUGGACAUACAGGAUUAUACCAUUUGUUUCCUCUUUCACUUUCCUGUCUAGACACUAGACUUCAACAUUCACCUUGUCCCGAAAAAGGCUCGACCACUCCACCUCAGGAGUCCCAGUCAGUCUCCUUAUACUGUGAGUCAUGUGGACACAAAAGAGAAAAGUGUUUUUUUUUUUUCACAUAUCGCUGUCCUUUGUGGAUUCGAGACUUUAAAAUUGACCUAAAAUUAGGUAUGGUAGGACUCGAACCUAUGACCUCAGGAGUUCCAGUCAGUGUUCUUAUCCUCUGAGCCACUUGGACAUACAGGAUUAUGCCAUUUGUUUCCUCUUUCACUUUCCUGUCUAGACACUAGACUUCAACAUUCACCUUGUCCCGAAAAAGGCUCGAACACACCACAUCAGGAGUCCCAGUCAGUCUCCUUAUCCUGUGAGCCAUGUGGACACACAAGAGAAAAGUUUUUUUUUUUUUUCACAUAUCGCUGUCCUUUGUGGACUCAAGACUUUAAAAUUCACCUAAAACUAGGUAUGGUAGGACUCGAACCUAUGACCUCAGGAGUUCCAGUCAGUGUUGUUAUCCUCUGAGCCACUUGGACAUACAAGAUUAUACCAUUUGUUUCCUCUUUCACUUUCCUGUCUAGACACUAGACUUCAACAUUCACCUUGUCCCGAAAAAGGCUCGAACACUCCACCUCAGGAGUCCCAGUCAGUCUCCUUAUCCUGUGAGCCAUGUGGACACACAAAAGAGAAAUGUGUUUUUUUUUCACAUAUCGCUGUCCUUUGUGGAUUCGAGACUUUAAAAUUCACCUAAAACUAGGUAUGGUAGGACUCGAACCUAUGACCUCAGGAGUUCCAGUCAGUGUUCUUAUCCUCUGAGCCACUUGGACAUACAGGAUUAUACCAUUUGUUUCCUCUUUCACUUUCCUGUCUAGACACUAGACUUCAACAUUCACCUUGUCCCGAAAAAGGCUCGAAAACUCCACCUCAGGAGUCCCAGUCAGUCUCCUUAUCCUGUGAGCCAUGUGGACACAAAAGAGAAAUGUGUUUUUUUUUCACAUAUCGCUGUCCUUUGUGGACUCAAGACUUUAAAAUUCACCUAAAACUAGGUAUGGUAGGACUCGAACCUAUGGCCUCAGGAGUUCCAGUCAGUGUUCUUAUCCUCUGAGCCACUUGGACAUACAGGAUUAUACCAUUUGUUUCCUCUUUCACUUUCCUGUCUAGAUACUAGACUUCAACAUUCACCUUGUCCCGAAAAAGGCUCGAACACUCCACCUCAUAGUAGGGUCUGUUAACUUGAAAAAAUGGCCAAAUUGUUAUGCGGUGGAUAAAAGCACCAAAUUUGGUACACACAUUCUUUAGGGUGUAUCUCAUCAUCUCAGAAGGGGUGCCCAAAAAUGCAUGAGUGAAAAUGGCUCAAAUGGAGGUCGUAUACCUGACCCAGUACAAAAGUCUCUCGUUGAUUUAUUUAGCAGGAAAAAGGGAGUCGAUCUCUGCUGCUCUGAAACCACAUCUGAGUCCAAAAACAAAGAUUAAGAAUAACUUCAUACUGCAAAACCAAGUGUGACGCAUGUCAGGAAACCUUAUAAAUCACAGCAUGAAGAUGGCGGGGGGUUUUAGUGUCGGACAUCCUGAAUCGGCUCGUCCCCAGUCUGCCGUGAAAUUGGUUGAAUAUUCAGAGAUUUCUGAGUUUAUGUCGAAAUUAAAUCAGAUCAAAUUGCUGCAAAAGCUUUGGAGUAACAACUAAACUUUUACGACCAGCAGAACUCACUUAUUUUUCCUUAUAAAAUAAAUAAUUUGGUUGUGCUCGUUUUUGACAUGAUAUGGCCUUGUUGGAAAUCAGAUACCCGUCAUUUCUCUGCCGAAAAGCUGCCGUUUCCAUCUUUUAAAGUGCGUCUUAAAUGCAGGUCCUUGAACAUACUGAAUAAACUCGUUUUCUUUUCCUUCCCAGCCGCCUGCGAUCUGUGAGGACAAGCAGCAGCAGCAGCAGCAGCAGGAGAGCGCCAUGGAGGAACUGAAAGGCAUCCUGGUAAAAGGAUCUAACAACAGCUUUGAUAGAGAGGUGUGGUCUGAGGGGACGGUCUGCUUCCAGAUGAGUUUAAAACUCCAUACAGGAGCUUUAAUAAGUUAAUAUUAUUGCCUUUUAGCUUGUUACUGUGAGAGCGUGUGGCGACAAGAGGGUGUAAAUUAAUUUGUUUAUGAAGAAAAAUCUCGAUUUAAGUUUUUAUAUGACCGUGAUUGCAAAAAUAUGCCUUGUUAUGGUUAUGUAACAUCACGAUCACUCCUCCCCUUAAAAAGAGUUUAAAAAAAAGCCUUAAAAAAAAAGGAGGAUAAAAGUCACUUAAAUGAAAGUUAAUACUGCUGGGUGUGACCUCUGGCGCCCCCUGUGGACAAAACGGUCUUUGUUUAUCUUAACUUCUACAUGCUUUAGUCAUAUCUUCAUAUUAAAAAUCUCAUCUUUCUGAAGUGUGACCAUCAUUUUAAGGUGGAGUAGGCAGAAAUCCAUUAAAGAUGCAUCUUUUUUAUCAUAAUGAUAUCAUAAUAUCAGUCAAUAGUUAUGAGUUAUUGAUGAGUUGGGAUGCUUGGACAUAUUGAAAUGGCAGAUUUUCUUUGAGGAAAAAAAGACUUAAUCAUGAAGCACAGUUGUUUCACGGCUAUUUGCGCGCAAGGGCUAACUUUGAGUUGCUUUGCGUGGGUUGUCGAGGCUGAGACCACAAUCAAGGUUUUAAUUUCUUGUAUGACUGCCUAUUAUUUAUUUUUAUUUAUUCAUUUAGUCAAAGUGACAGUCUUUGUGGAUGUGCUUGUGUUUAUCAGCUGUCUAACGUGGCUAACAGACUCGCAGUGAGUGAGUCCAAGUAUUACAAAGUUGACCCAGCAAUUUUACAUUAGUUGAAGAGACAGAAAUGCUCUUUCAAUUCAACAUAAGUUGCACAUGAUUUCCAAGCUGUUUGGUUUGUUAAAAACAUCUAAAAUGGAAACAUGAGGCAGAAAUUUAUACUGGAAAUAAACAUACAUAUAUGUUGUUGUUAUAUGUUAUUAUAGUUAUCCCUCUAAUAGAAAUAUUACUAAUAUAACAUACAUGGAAUGAUUAAAUGUUUUAUAUAUAAUCUAUUUAAUAUAACUGCAUUGUGUAUGUCGGCCUAUAGCUAUUGCUCUACCUCGCUGCUUUGUGUUUAUUUAUGAAAAUCUAUGUUUAAAAUUAUUCUUGAGUAUGUAGGAACAUAACAUAACUAAUGGGUUCAAACCUUAUUCAGGAUGAAUUUUAAAGUCCAGGAGCAAAAGUACCAAGAUAAAAGCACGCAGAGCUCAUCCCCAACUGUGGUUGGUCUCCGGUGGCGCAGUGUGGUAGACAUCUAACACCCUGAUGUGAGCUAUGUGUUCUGGUUGAAGACCGGCUCCUGGUUCGAAACCCGCUCAGCCCAGGGGUGUGGGGUUACCCCCCCCCCCCCCCCGGUGUUUCCAGAGAGAUAAAAUAGGGGGGGAUUAUGCAACAGGAAGUCAGAGCAGGCUGAACUUUAGAGUAAGGGUGGGAAGAAGGGUUGCGGGGGGGAUUAUAGGGGGGGCGCAGCGGCCGAUGGCCGGGGGCUGAGCAGAGGGCGUAACCACAAUAAGGACUGAACCCACUGACUCAUGUGGACACACGAGACAAUCAUAUUUUUUUUCAAAUAUCACUGUACUUUGUAGACUCUAGAUUUUAAAAAUUCACCAAGAAGUGGGCAAGGCAGGACUUGAACCUAUGACCUCAGGAGUUCCAGUCAGUGUUCUUAUCCUCUGAGCCACUUGGACAUACAGGAUUAUACCAUUUGUUUCCUCUUUCACUUUCCUGUCUAGACACUAGACUUCAACAUUCACCUUGUCCUGAAAAAGGCUCGAACACACCACCUCAGGAGUCCCAGUCAGUCUCCUUAUCCUGUGAGCCAUGUGGACACACAAGGGAAAAGUGUUUUUUUUUUCACAUAUCACUGUCCUUUGUGGACUCAAGACUUUAAAAUUCACCUAAAACUAGGUAUGGUAGGACUCGAACCUAUGACCUCAGGAGUUCCAGUCAGUGUUCUUAUCCUCUGAGACACUUGGACAUACAAGAUUAUACCAUUUGUUUCCUCUUUCACUUUCCUGUCUAGACACUAGACUUCAGCAUUCACCUUGUCCCGAAAAAGGCUCGAACACUCCACCUCAGGAGUCCCAGUCAGUCUCCUUAUCCUGUGAGCCAUGUGGACACAAAAGAGAAAUGUGUUUUUUUUUCACAUAUCGCUGUCCUUUGUGGAUUCGAGACUUUAAAAUUCACCUAAAACUAGGUAUGGUAGGACUCGAACCUAUGACCUCAGGAGUUCCAGUCAGUGUUCUUAUCCUCUGAGCCACUUGGACAUACAGGAGUAUACCAUUUGUUUCCUCUUUCACUUUCCUGUCUAGACACUAGACUUCAACAUUCACCUUGUCCAGAAAAAGGCUCGAACACUCCACCUCAUAGUAGGGUCUGUUAACUUGAAAAAAUGGCCAAAUUGUUAUGCGGUGGAUAAAAGCACCAAAUUUGGUACACACAUUCUUUAGGGUGUAUCUCAUCAUCUCAGAAGGGGUGCCCAAAAAUGCAUGAGUGAAAAUGGCUCAAAUGGAGGUCGUAUACCUGACCCAGUACAAAAGUCUCUCGUUGAUUUAUUUAGCAGGAAAAAGGGAGUCGAUCUCUGCUGCUCUGAAACCACAUCUGAGUCCAAAAACAAAGACAAAGAAUAACUUCAUACUGCAAAACCAAGUGUGACGCAUGUCAGGAAACCUUAUAAAUCACAGCAUGAAGAUGGCGGGGGGUUUUAGUGUCGGACAUCCUGAAUCGGCUCGUCCCCAGUCUGCCGUGAAAUUGGUUGAAUAUUCAGAGAUUUCUGAGUUUAUGUCGAAAUUAAAUCAGAUCAAAUUGCUGCAAAAGCUUUGGAGUAACAACUAAACUUUUACGACCAGCAGAACUCACUUAUUUUUCCUUAUAAAAUAAAUAAUUUGGUUGUGCUCGUUUUUGACAUGAUAUGGCCUUGUUGGAAAUCAGAUACCCCGUCAUUUCUCUGAAAAGCUGCCGUUUCCAUCUUUUAAAGUGUGUCUUAAAUGCAGGUCCUUGAACAUACUGAAUAAACUCGUUUUCUUUUCCUUCCCAGCCGCCUGCGAUCUGUGAGGACAAGCAGCAGCAGCAGCAGCAGCAGGAGAGCGCCAUGGAGGAACUGAAAGGCAUCCUGGUAAAAGGAUCUAACAUCAGCUGUGACAGAGAGGUGUGGUCUGAGGGGACGGUCUGCUUCCAGAUGAGUUUAAAACUCCAUACAGGAGCUUUAAUAAGUUAAUAUUAUUGCCUUUUAGCUCUUUAAACACCAUAACAGCGCUGUCAGGAUAUUACUGUAUCCACAGAAACCAUCUUUCCUUUACACUGGCGACAUGAAACUGCAUUCACCACAUUUCAGAAGUAGCGCGCUUCAAAAUAAAAGCUCAUAUCACAGGACAGAAUAAAAUACCAAAAUAAAAGCAUGACAAACAAAUGUUAAAUAAUGUCUUCAGUCAGAGAGCUGAUGAUGGAUCAUAAAUCUGAAUAUUUUUAGACAUGAAUAAAAACAUGCUCCACUCUCGGUUUUACUGAUGGAGAUGUUUUAUUUAUCAUCAAGUUUUCCAUGACAGGAAAAUCUGAUAUUAUGUCAGCCCUACCAGGGGUCUCACCUCCAUCGAUAAAUCCAGCUGCAGGUGCAAGAACAAGUAAAUUCAUUAUUUAAGAUAGGUCAUAUUAUCCAGGUUUACACAACCUUUAACAUGUGGAUAAUAAAUAAUCUUAAUCUUAAUCUGUGUUGGCGGACAGUCAAGUCUCUGCAGUGACGGUUGCGUUUUCCCGCAGGAGACGGUGAAGCGCAGUCCCACCCGAGGAUCUCAGGAGUCAGGGCCGUCACCGCCCAGGAAGAAGGACAGCAAGCUGGAGGUCAUCCUGAGACGCCGGCGUAACAAGGCGGGAGAGGCUGGCUCCGGAGGUAAACACAGAGACGGAGGACAAUAAAAACCUCAUGGUCUCAUCUUUUUUUCUUUUUGUUAUGAACUAAAUCUGGUUUUUAUCUUUACAACAAUGAAAACUAAAGUGGUUUCAUGAACAUUUUUGGAGUUUUAAUCUACCUCUUAAAGUUGUAAAAAUGUGUUGUCAAAUCACUGAUUCAGUUAAAAUUAAGACAAUAUUCCUUUACAGGAACAAGACUGGCAUUUGGAGACCUUCGGAGGACUUCCUGGUGGAGUUGCCAAAUGUCCCCGCCCUCAGGCUUGCGUCACGACUGA